AAAUAAAUGGAUCUCUGUCGAAAUUUCCUUCUGGCUUGUCUUCAUUAGAUCUCUCUCACAACUUAAUAGCAGGACCUAUUCCACAAAAUAUUGGUCUAGCGAUGCCUUAUUUAUAUUCCUUGAAUCUGAAUGAUAAUCUCUUAAAUGGUUCAAUACCCACCUCAAUAUGCAAGUUGGAAUUUCUGAACGCAUUGCACCUUGGAAGGAACGAAUUAGUGGGCGAAGUUCCUACAUGUUGGAAGGAGAGCCCUCGUACACUCCUUGAUAUAUCAUCCAAUAAGUUGUCCGGAGUCAUACCGACUUCUUUGGGAAAUCUAAUUAGGCUGACGUCAUUACACUUGAACAACAACAAUCUCCAUGGAGAAAUUCCUGUGACUCUAAACUAUUGCAGAACCUUGCUGAUUUUGGAUCUUGGAGAGAACAAAAUCUCUGGAAGUGUUCCACAUUGGAUUGGACCAAGUUUUCCAUUACUACAGAUUCUUAGACUGCGAGAAAACAUGUUCAAUGGUAGUAUUCCUUCACAGUUAUGCCUGCUCUCCGCGCUGAAAAUAUUGGAUCUGGCAGUGAACAAUAUGACAGGAAUGAUUCCAAAUUGUCUCUGCUAUAUGAAAGGGAUGAAACUGAACAAAAGCAUAGAUAAAGGCAACUCACUCUCCCUUACUUAUGCUCCUGCACAUACUGCGCCUGCCCCGCCGCCUUAUAACACCGCUCGUGCAGAUUGGAAUCAAGAGCAUGUGGAACAGGUCGUGAAAGGGGUGGACCUUGACUACACAACACUUGAUCUACAACUUAUGGUGAAUUUGGAUCUCUCGAGCAACAAAUUGAUUGGACCGAUCCCUGGAGAGCUUACCUUGCUUUCUGGAUUGCGGGGCUUGAACUUAUCACGCAACUUUCUUUCUGGAGGCAUCCCGACUAUGAUUGGAUACGUGAAAUCGCUCGAGUCACUUGAUCUUUCAAACAAUCAUCUUUCAGGAACAAUCCCACAGAGCUUUUCUGCAUUCACAUCACUGAGCAAACUAAACUUGUCUCACAACAACUUCACGGGGCCAAUUCCGAGGGGAAAUCAAAUCCAGACCCUUGAUGAUCCUUCCAUUUAUGCCGGCAAUCCUCUACUUUGUGGCGAUCCCCUACAAAAGAAAUGCCCCGGUGCAGAGGCCCCUCAAGCGCCGGAAGAAGAAGCUGAUGAAGAAGGUAAGAUUGAAAAGGUGAUGUUCUACCUCGUCAUAAUGUUCGGGUUUGCAACCGGGUUUUGGGGAGUUGUUGGCGGUUUGGUGUACAAGAAGAAUUGGAGACGCACCUACUUCGGCUACGUGGAUCGUAAAGCAGACAUGGUGUACGUGAUUGUCGCAGUGAAGGUAGCCGAGUUGAGGAGGAGAAUGAGAAGAGGGUAAGAGGCCUGUUCUCCAUAUCAAUUCAGUCCAAUGCUUUAUUGAUCUCGUGAAGUUCUUGCUUUCUUGUUCAAGCAGAUUCGUCUUAGUAGUUGGCUUGUUCUUCCUUAUAAGUAGCAGCCAAUUUAUUUGUGUUCUUUAGUUUCAAGCUUGUCCGAGCAAGCCGUCAACGUAAUGGCAUGGGGAGUGCAAAUCAUGUCAUCUUGCAAUUUAGUGUUGCUCGGCAAUUUAGCAGUACUUUGUGUUAUUAUAAUCAUGAUGCUUUGCUUGUCAAUGACGUGAAAUUAUCUUAGCAAAUUCCAUUUUCGUCC